CGCUCUCCUCUACACAUAAACAAAACUCCAUAGUUUUUUCCCCAUUUUUCCUUUCUUUCAAGUUUAUCACAAACAGUCAUCAGACUUCAGAAUUCAGAAGUAGCCUUUCUAUAAUAUUAUUUAAUGACCUGAAAAAUCGCCCCUCAAUUUUGUUACUCUUACUUCCCCUUCCCCUUUAUCGGAGUUUUCAAACAAAAGGGCUUUCCUUUUCUUUCCUUUUCUUGUUCUGGUUUCUCCAUUAUUGGUUUUGGUUUCCUUUCUCUCUGUUCAACUAGUUGGAAGGAAGAUUUUUGCUACUUCUCUGCUUCCGUGGAGAAACCCAGAAGAAAAAAAAAGGCGGUGAAAGAUCAAUUAUGGUGGAAACAGCCAACCACCACCAGCAUACUCCGCCGGUGUCGGUGGCACCCUCGGCGCCGCCGCCGAAUUUAGCAUUGUCCAGAGGACCCACUUGGACUCCGGCCGAGCAGCUUCAGCAGUUGCACUACUGCAUCCACUCCAACCCUUCUUGGCCCGAAGCUGUUUUACUGGCUUUUCAGCACUAUAUUGUGAUGCUUGGGACCAUAGUUCUUAUUGCCACUACGCUUGUGCCUAGAAUGGGCGGCAGCCCUGGUGAUAAAGCUAGAGUGAUUCAAACUUUACUCUUCACGGCGGGAUUGAACACUUUGCUUCAAACAACUCUCGGGUCGAGGCUUCCGUCGGUGAUGCGGGCGUCUUUUGUGUUCACUCUACCUGUAUUGUCGAUCAUCAAUGAUUUCUCUGAUAGGACCUUUGCAACUGAACAUGAGAGAUUUACCUACACUGUCCGUACAAUCCAAGGGUCGUUGAUCGUUGCUUCAAUUAUAAACAUUAUACUUGGAUAUAGUAGGGCAUGGGGGCAUCUCACAAAAUUUUUUACUCCUGUAGUCAUUGUACCUCUGGUUUGCGUGGUUGGUCUUGGUCUGUUUAUGAGAGGCUUCCCGAUGCUUGCUAAUUGUGUGGAGAUCGGCUUGCCGAUGCUGAUUCUCCUUGUUGUAGGUCAGCAGUAUUUGAGGCGUAUCCAUCCUCGAGCCAGCGUUGUACUUGAGAGGUUUGGUUUGCUUAUCUGCAUUGCUCUUGUUUGGGCUUUUGCUGCUUUCCUCACUGUAGCUGGAGCUUACAACCAUGUCCGGGAACUGACUAAACAGAGUUGCCGUAUAGAUCGUUCGUUCCUCAUAUCGUCUGCCCCUUGGAUUAGAGUCCCUUAUCCAUUUCAGUGGGGUACUCCGAUAUUUCGAGCCAGCCAUGUAUUUGGCAUGAUGGGGGCUACGCUCGUUACAUCUGCAGAGUCAACUGGGACAUUUUUCGCAGCAGCGCGGCUUUCAGGCGCUACGCCACCUCCAGCAUACAUUUUUAGCCGUAGUAUUGGCAUGCAGGGUAUUGGCCUGUUGAUUGAGGGAAUUUUCGGUUGCAUCGCAGGCAACUCUGCAUCUGUUGAAAAUGUUGGCCUUCUUGGACUCACACACAUAGGAAGCAGGAGGGUUGUGCAGAUAUCAACUGCAUUCAUGAUCUUCUUUUCCAUCUUUGGUAAGUUUGGCGCCUUCUUUGCAUCCAUUCCUUUACCUAUAUUCGCUGCCAUAUACUGUGUUUUAUUCGGCAUUGUUGCUGCCACAGGGAUCUCAUUCAUGCAAUUCACCAACAACAAUUCCAUGAGAAACCUCUACAUCAUCGGCCUCUCCUUGUUCCUCGGCAUCUCAAUACCUCAAUAUUUCGUCACGAACACAUCACAAGAUGGCCGUGGACCUGUUCAAACGGCUGGCGGAUGGUUCAACGAUAUCCUGAACACCAUCUUCUCAUCUCCUCCUACAAUCGCCAUAAUCAUCGGAACACUGCUGGACCAAACGCUCGAAGCAAAGCACGCGAUGAACGACCGAGGAGUCUCAUGGUGGAAACCGUUCCAGCACAAGAAAGGAGACGUCCGGAACGAUGAAUUUUACAGCUACCCUCUGAGGUUAAACGAGUACAUACCAACCAGAUUCCUCUGAAAAAAAAAAGUUACUGCUUGCUUUGUUUUUAUGUUUUGUUUAUAUUACUGUGACGAAUAUACAGCCUUGGCCACUGGCGGUGGUUCUGUAUCUGAUAUAGCGGAGGUAGAGAAAUCAGAAAUGUUUCAAACAUGUAGAGAUUUUUCUUACUGAUUCCAUUUUUUCUUCCUCAAAAAGUCACUCGAAAGUGAUCGAUUAA